AUGGCGAUAAUCAGACAGAGGUUAAUGACUGUUCUAUUUUUUCUCUACCUCCUGAGGUUGCUUCUCUGCGUCUCUCCAAAGGCCAAACAGAGAGAGGCUAAAAAACCAUUACCUCGAUUCAAUCCUAAAAAGCACUCCUCUGUAUGGGAUAAAUUCUACGAAGGCGUACAAUUCCGGGAUAGAACCCCCUAUAUCUUUUGUGUCUCAUGCUUCCAACUAGUAUCCGGUUCUUAUACAGGGAUAACAACCGACAACGCGAGCAAUAACAUCUCCUACACAUGGGAGAACAGCGAUAAAACACUUAAAGUAUCUGGUAGUAUUUCACGCGCUAUUGAAAAGAUUACUGGAAUUCGGGUCGAUAUACUAUCUGCUUCUCGACUGCAAGACCCGAUGGAACUCUUCUUAUCUGAUAAUUCGACGUGCGCUGAAGCUCCGCUAGCUAAUCGAGAGCUUUAUCCAGCACUAGGAUAA